AUGGGUUCUCUGGAUACCAGAUUUGUGCUUCUUGUCUGCGCAGUGCUUGUGCUGCUUCCGCUGCAAGUCAAUGCUUUUGGUGCAGGAAACAUUGCAUCUAUUUCUGCGGUUGAGGGUAAAAAUUGGCGACAUGGAGACAUUGAAGAUUUGCUCAAGACACUUGCCUUUAUCAAAGGCCACAAGUGGACAUCAAGCAUGGUCCAGAGAGUAUACUUUGGAAACUGGCUCAGAGACUACUCCCAAGCAAUGGAUGUCGGCACAUUACAGAAAUUGCAGCCAGAAAUUAUUCGUAUUUUGGUAUGGAUUCUCUCGAUUAUGAGUUUCGGCUACGCCACGGGCGAAUUCGAGGUCACUGCAGAAAGAUUGGGAGUGUAUCGACCCGAGGAACACAUUGAUAACCCAAAAGAUUACGCCGAUAAUAAGGAUGCACGGCAGUAUGAUCAGCGCCUGCGUGGCCCUGUAAGGGCAAUUGAAUUGGAAAUCGACCCAGAAACCGGCAUGAAAAAUUACAUCGCCAAUGAACAAGGAGAUUGGGCGACGAGUGCAGGCUAUGUGAGGUAUAGCUUUACUCGAAGCAUCCAUUUUGGGAGAGUUUACAAUCAGGAAGGCCGCGAAGAAGAUUUGUUUGAGGCAUUACGUUGUCUUGGUCAGGGAUUGCAUACUCUAGAAGACUUCGGCGCCCACACAAAUUAUUGCGAACUUGUGCUGCGUGAAAUGGGGAUGUCGAAUGUCUUCCCGCAUACAGGCGAAGGAACGAUGAUAGAUGUUCGAGGGCAACAUAUUUUUCCAUUGGUGACGGGCACCUUUGGCAUGGUCGACUUCUUUCACUCGGUCAUUGGCGAAGCCACAGAUCAUUUCACCCAAUCGGAGAUUGAGGGUGCAAACAACGCUCUUGGAAAUGCUGAAGCUAAUGGGUCAGCAGGACCUUUGGACGGAUUAUCAGGCAUGCUGGGAAACGUCCCUGGGAUGGGAGAUCUUAUCGCUGAAGCACAUCAAUUGCAACAGCAAUCUCAAGCCCAGGCUAGUCAGCAACAACAUAGCGCAUCUCGGGGGUUUGGCCAUGAAAAUUACGAUGAACCAUAUGAGCAAUACAGAGCAUCUGGUGAUACCAGUUCGAAUGCUCCCGGAAUGGCAGGCUUUGACCCACAGAAAACAAUCGAACAGAUCUAUCCCAUUCUUGCUUUCAGGGACAAAGUCAUUCGAAGAAUCAACUCCAUAGUGGAGAAGAUCCCUGGGCUUGAAUCGUUGAUGGAAAAAAUCUCAGAAACGUUAACUAUCUUUGUCUAUUCUCUCCUGGCGCCAUUUGUCCGGCCACUGAUUACUUUUGCAUCGCAACAACUACAGCAAGGCUCUUCAGAAGUCCUCAACACCUCUGCACAGCAUCAAUUCGAGCCAUGGACUGACCCUACUUGCACAGAUCCUACACACUCGCUGCUUUCGAAAGAUCAUUUUUCGAACAUUCUCAACGACCCUGCUGGAAAUGUGGCUGCAACUAUUCUGAAAUACGUCGUCCCACGAGUUCUCUAUGCUUGGCAAGAUUCAGACUUCUCCGUCGACCAGGUUGUGCAUGAUUGUUUAACCGUUUUCCAUCACCCUGCGUUGCGAGAUACGAAUAAUGAGGCUCACCAGGCUAUGUUCGAUGUUGUCCAACAAUGGGCACAGUCUAAACAAGAUCAAGGAGUGAACCUAGACGAGAUUUUAGGCGCUGACAGCGUAAGGGCGGGAAAUAACCAUACAGGUGGCGGGGGUAAUCCCCAUACCCACGGACAUGGACCUCAACAAAAUCAGCCACAUGAUAGUUCUGCAAGUAAUGCAGGCGGUAAUGAGGCCAAUCCAUUCGCCAAUAUCCCAGGCUUUUCUGCUCUUGCAGGACUCACUGGUAGUUCGCAAAAUAAUCAGUCCAACUCUGGGUCAUCUUCGAUGCCAUGGGACAAGCUUUCCAACCUCUCUGGGAUGUCUCAAAAAUUCUCCAAAUUCUUCUCCUAG